UAACUUAAAUGUUUGUAUUUUGAAUUGCUAAUGUUUGGAUCUAUUUAGUGUUUAUUGUAGCUAUUAUAUUUCUAAUGGUUUCAUUCCUAUUUCCUAGCCAUCUAUUAAAUUUAAAAUGAGAAAAUCGGGGUCUGAUCCAAAAGUAAAGAAAACUUUACUUCGCAAUUACGAGCAAAGAAUCCUCACACAACCUAAAGCUGUACACGAUAGUGAUUCAGGUCCAUCUAAAUUGGUAAAGCCAUCCUAUCAAAUAGAACAAGAGCUUGAUCAACCUGCUUUAUGCUCAAGCGAAGCUUUAGCUAAUUACUUAACUGAUAUACGAAAAUCUGCGCCCUUACCAUGUCCUGAAGAAUUAAUUGACCAGGUUCAAAAUAGUGCAAAGAUCACAAAGAAACUUAACUUUCAUUUUAAUGAUAGAAUAUACAAAAACUUAGUUGAGUUAAAUACAGACAUUGCAAAUUUGAAAAGCAGACGAGAUAAAAAACCCAUUAAAAAUAUAACUCCCGUGAAAAAAGACCUUGAACCAAAUAUUGAAGAUUUUUGUCAAGAUGAGAAAGAAAAUGAUGUGUGUCCAGAGAUUCCUGUUGUAAAGCAUAAAAUUAAACCUAUAAGGAGAUUUGAAGAUGGUGAAAUUCAUCAACUGGUUGCUUCUCUUGAAAAAUUAUAAAUCUAUUGAAUUGUUUUUAUUAUAUAAUAAUUUAUUUUUAGA